AUGGCGCCGAGGAAGAACAAGGCUCAGGGAGAAGACAAGGCAAAAUCUGUGGUGGAGACUACCUCGAGAAGGCAGACUCGAAGCAUGGAUCGUCUGACUCGUAGCGAAACUCAGCGACGCGGCGGUAACUCGUCUGGUUCUUCUUCCUCCAAGCUCAUGAAGUUCGACUCUCCCGAGAAGAAGAAAAGGAAGACGAAAGCGAAGGAAGGUGGAGCUGCGACGAAGAAGAUAAAGGUAGAAGAUGAGGAAGAUGUUGAAGUCAAGACGGAGAAAGAGGAAUCGGCGAAGAAAGACGCCGAUGUUGCUGCCGAAGACGACGAUGUCGCUGCAGAAGACGACGGUGUUGCUGCAGAAGAAGAAGAUUCCGGGACAAAGAAGAUUGUGAUCGAGCACUGGUAA